GUCAGUAAUGCUUAUUAGACUAGUUACUAUUCUCCAUUGGUUGUAUAACAAGGAGAGGGUAAAAUCUGUACCCCUGAGAGACGAUAAAGCCCCCUGGCUUCAGGUACACGGAAUGGGUCUUUCACUACGAUUUUAUUGGCAAAAAUUCUAUCGACUUUUCAAAAACAGACGCGAUUUUUACUAUUGAUCGUAAAAGAAACAUCGAAUUAUGUCACAAGAAUAAAAAUAACUCCGAUACCGGGAGUCGAACCCGGGUUUGCUCGGUGAAAGCGAACCGUGCUAGCCGUUACACUAUAUCGGA